AUGGGAUCAGUUGCUUCUAAAGUCGUUUUUGGCCUCGAUGUGACCAAGAACAUUGGCGCUUACAUGAUUUACGGAUGGAGCAAAGUUGCGUACCAAGGAGAUGUCAAAACCAUCGCCGAUGAGAAGAAGGAAGGACCAACUUUCUUGGACAAUGAAGCUUUGGUGAAGGCACUUUCUUCGAAGGCUUUUGAGCAAAGCAAAUUGGACCUACUGACUGACGAUGCCCUUGCAAAAAUCGGACGGCAGUUGGAAUACUUUUACGACAAGGAAAAGGCUUCUGAAGCUGAGAUAGUCGAAAUCGCCAAGGGACUUAUCGACCAAAGCAUCUGGUACCUUCCUUUGGUAUCUGACAAGAUUGGUACCGACAAGGAUCGCAAAGCUCUGCAAAAGUCCAAGUGCCCCAAGGUUCGAUUCGGAAAGACCGAAUUGCAAAUUUCUCUGAUUACCUGUGGUGGUAUGCGAUUGCAAAAUACGUGGAUACCAGACAAUGUCCCUCUUUUAUCACCUAGUCGCAACUUUGUUCUGAAGAGUCCUCCUCAAGAGAAUAUAAAGAAGUGCAUCAAACACUGUCUUUCAUUGGGAAUCAACCAUUUCGAGACUGCUCGAAUGUAUGGAACGAGUGAAUAUCAAAUGACCGAAGCUAUCCACGAAUUGAUGCAAGAAGGUUUCUGCAAGCGCGAGGAUGUCAUUUUCCAAACCAAGUUGGUUCCUAUGCUUACCAAGGAUUUCCAAAAGAUUUGGGAUACUACAUGGAAAAAUGUCGGUGAAAAGCUGGGUUACAUUGAUUUGUUGGGUGUCCAUGCAGCUGCCGAAAAUAAUGAAAAGCUAAAGGAUACCAUGGCGUUUUUGCUCGAAAAGAAAAAGGAGGGCAAAAUCAAGCAUAUUGGAUUCUCAACACACGGAACAUCCGAAAUGAUUAUGGAAUUGAUCAAUACCGAGCAGUUUGAUUACAUCAACAUCCACGAGCACUUUUUUGGUUCUUAUCAUGGUAGUGGAACCUCAAACACACUGGGUGGCCAGGGCAAUCUUGCCUGCGUCAAGCGUGCCCUCGAGCUAGACAUGGGUCUUUUCUUGAUUAGUCCUGUGGACAAGGGAGGAAAGCUUUACCGUCCUUCUCAAGACGUUGUCAAGUCGUGUGGUAAAGAAUUGACUCCCAUAGCGUUUGCCUUGUUGUACUGCUGGAAGACUAAUGGGUUCCACACUGCCUCAAUUGGUGUCGCCCGUCCUAGCGAUCUCGAUGAGGUCGUCGAAGCAGCACGUAUGAUGGCCCAUGGUACGGCUGACAAGCAGUUUGAGGCGGCUACCAAGCGACUCAAGGAUCGCGCAGUCGAGAAGUUGGGAGCCGAGUGGGUCGAAAAGGGCCUGCUUAACUUGCCCAGCAUGAUGGAGGAGUCGACCGAUGGAAUUGCUGUCGGACACAUUUUGUGGUUGUAUAAUUUGUUGGUGUCCUAUGGUAUGUACGAGUUCUGCCUAGACCGGUACACAUCCUUGGUAUGUGCUCCAUGGAACAAGAAAAAAUCCUUCCAGGAGAAUGCAGAUGCAAUGAGCCGAGGAAACUUGGGCCGAGCAUACGACCCUGACGUGGAUCUUUCCAAGGCACUAGAAAAACACUACAACCCUGAAUUGGCAUUGGAGAGAAUCAAGCAAGUUCACGAAUGGCUCAAAGACGAUCAAAAUCCUAUGUCGGAUGAAGAACUGGAUAAACUCGGUUGGCAAAAGGGAUACGACCUUACUGUUUGGGAACCAAUGGCUGGAGAUAUCGAUUCAAGGGCCAUCCCAAAAGUUUUGCUUCAGAACAUGACAGGAGGACGGAUGGGCAUUGUAGAGACAGGGCCUGGACAGUCGAUCAAGCAGGAAGCUACCCAAAUUCGCACUGCGCUGUCCGCUUAG